CCACUGGGCAUGACCUCGGGAGAAAUCCAGGACUGGCAGAUCAGCUCUUCAUCCACCUACCCCACAGAAUGGGACUCUUCCUGCCAUGAAAAGUACGCACGCGUCUACCAACCGAACGGGAAGGCCUGGUGCGCCAAGUACAAGUCGUCGUCGGAGUGGCUGCUCGUCGACCUGGGAGUCGCUGCCAAAAUAACGGGGGUGAUGACCCAGGGUCGAGGUGACGGAAAUGAGUGGGUGACGUCAUUUAUGGUGACGUACAGUAUCGAUGCAUCCAGGUGGAACUACGUGGUUGAUACGUACGGGAAUCAGAAGGUAUUUGAAGGCAACCGAGAUUCGUAUUCGACGAAGCAUUCGUACUUCGACGAGCCGGUAUUCGGUCGGUUCGUUAAGUUUCACGUCGUCACUUGGAACCGACAUCCGAGUAUGCGAGUCGAAAUCAUCGGAUGCCAAAGUAUUCAUUCCAUUGUUUUUAAUUAUCCCAAUUAA